ACCAAGCCGGUUAAAUAAGUCACCAUUUUAUCCUUGCCACUUAACUGGAACAGAUCAAGUUAAAGUUAAAGUACUUCAAAAAUUUAAAAGUGUUUUUAAAAAAUUUGCCAGCUAAUUUUGAUUUUGCAAAAAUCAUGCACCGCCAAUUCGGCUGGCUAGAUGGGGACGAACUAAGGGAGGCUGCAAUUCAACGAUACGAAGCUCAGUACAGGACAACCGCCGCGGUCAGAAGGGAGGACGGCAGGGUCAAGAAAGUGGCAGAGUUGGAGGAUAAAGCGAAACGGUUGGGGGUUCGGGAUGGAAAUGCGGUUGGAUCUGCAGAAAUUCCGCAAAAUUCUGGGGCUGAAAUUAAUAGUGGCGCUAGUAGUUCUCGAGAGAGUUGGGUGGCUAGAUUGCAGGAACAGUAUAAUGACGCCGGUACUUCGGAGCCUGUUGAAACAGUAGCAGAGGCAAAUUCACCUGCUACUACUGGUGUGAAAAAACAGGAGAAUAUUUCCGCAAAAAUAAUGAGAGCAAACUCGGUCAAGGCAAAAUUCGAGAUGCAUCUUCGUCUCCAGAUUAUCAAAAUGACUGAGAGAAAGGUUGAAAAAUCCAAACGACAACGGAUAUUGAGAGUUUGCGGGAUAAUUUGCAAGAAUUGGUCAAGCUAAGUGCGACGAUUGUGAAUAAGUGGGGAAAUAAUGGUCCUAGUUAUUCUACUAUGCUUACCAUGCUGCAAAAUCCACAAGAUAUCUCGCGUGAAACCGACCUUAUCGAAAGAAUCACCAAGUUGAUAAAAUACCAUGAAACUGCGAUACACGCUUUGGAAUCGAUUA